GCCCUCGCCGCCGGGCUGGGGGGAGUGGGCACCCCCGCGUGCCGACCCCUCGCUGUCGCCAGGCUGCUCCAAGCAGGCGCCCGGGCAGGCGUCCACGUGCGUUCUGCACUCGAGGGUCGCGUCUCAGCCCCGCAGGGUCCCGGCCGACCGCCGGGCCAGGGCGUGGCCGCGCGGCAUCGAGCCCCGCCCACCGCGCCCCGGGGGCGGGGCCAGCGCGUCACGUGACGGCGGCGGAGAGCGCAAGCGCCCCGCCCGGCGGGAGGAGGCCCGGGCCGCGACCCGGCCCCGCGCGCGCUGCUGGAGCCGCCCGGCCGCCAGCGCUUCCUGCACCCGCAGCGCCCCUCGCCCGCGGCCCCUCGCCCGCCGGCCCCGGGCUCGCCGGCAGCGGGAGCGGCCUCAAGAUGGACGAAGACGGCGGCGGCGAGGGCGGCGGCGUGCCUGAAGACCUCUCCUUAGAAGAGAGGGAGGAGCUUCUAGACAUCCGUCGGAGGAAGAAGGAACUUAUCGAUGACAUCGAGAGACUGAAGUAUGAAAUCGCCGAAGUGAUGACCGAGAUCGACAACCUGACCUCUGUGGAGGAGAGCAAAACCUCGCAGAGGAACAAGCACGUCGCCAUGGGGAGGAAGAAGUUCAACAUGGACCCCAAAAAGGGGAUCCAGUUCCUCAUCGAGAAUGACCUGCUGCAGAGCUCCCCGGAGGACGUGGCCCAGUUCCUGUACAAGGGCGAGGGCCUCAACAAGACCGUCAUCGGGGACUACCUGGGGGAGAGGGACGACUUCAACAUCAAAGUGCUGCAGGCCUUCGUGGAGCUGCACGAGUUCGCCGACCUCAACCUGGUCCAGGCCUUACGGCAGUUCCUGUGGAGCUUCAGGCUUCCAGGCGAGGCCCAGAAGAUCGACCGCAUGAUGGAGGCGUUCGCUUCCCGCUACUGCCUGUGCAACCCCGGGGUCUUCCAGUCCACAGACACGUGCUACGUGCUGUCCUUCGCCAUCAUCAUGCUCAACACCAGCCUGCACAACCACAACGUGCGGGACAAACCCACCGCCGAGCGCUUCGUCACCAUGAACCGGGGCAUCAACGAGGGCAGGGACCUGCCCGAGGAGCUGCUGCGGAACUUGUACGAGAGCAUCAAGAACGAGCCGUUCAAGAUCCCGGAGGACGACGGCAACGACCUGACACACACGUUCUUCAACCCGGACCGCGAGGGCUGGCUCCUGAAGCUGGGCGGGCGCGUGAAGACCUGGAAGCGGCGGUGGUUCAUUCUGACCGACAACUGCCUCUACUACUUCGAGUACACGACGGACAAGGAGCCCCGGGGGAUCAUCCCGCUGGAGAACCUCAGCAUCCGGGAGGUGGAGGACCCGCGGAAGCCCAACUGUUUCGAGCUUUACAACCCGAGUCACAAAGGGCAGGUCAUCAAAGCCUGCAAGACGGAGGCGGACGGCCGAGUGGUGGAGGGCAACCAUGUGGUGUACCGCAUCUCCGCGCCCAGCCCCGAGGAGAAGGAGGAGUGGAUGAAGUCCAUCAGAGCGAGCAUCAGCAGGGACCCCUUCUACGACAUGCUGGCCACCCGGAAGAGGAGGAUCGCCAAUAAGAAGUAGCUUCCCCGCCCGCACAGGUAAAAGUGACCGCCGCGCCCCGCCGCAGCCCGGACCCCCGACGGCCGGCCUUUCCCCGGAGGCGGGGCGCGCCGCACUCCCGCCCCGGCGGCCUCCAGGGCCCCCCGGUUCUCUGAAGCCUCUGUGCGCCCCGCAUUGGUGGCUCCCCUCCGCCGAGGGCCUCCGCUCAGCGGCCGGGGAGGCCGGCCGCGACGGCGUGUGCGACGGACUCGGGCCAUGGGCCCGCCCACGGGCCCACCCACAGACUCAGGCCACAGGCCCGCCCACAGACCCACGCACGCCAUCGACACAUGCGGUCACGGGGGUUGCUCGCCGCUUCGCAUCAGAGCAGCGGGGGCAAAGCUAUGGUUUCUAUCCAGACUUUUUCUCAGAUGUAUAGGAUUAUAGCUUUUAUAUGCCUUUUUCUAUUUUGAAAUUAUAACGAGAGAUACUUUCUAAUAGUAGUAUUUUUAGAACGGCAGCUAUAAACGUAACUCCUGACACACGUAUUUACCGUGCACUGAAAACAAACCACGUAGACACUAUAUAUGCAGCCGCCAGGGGCUCAGCGCCGGGGCGGGCGCUCACCGGUGUGGGGUUCGGGGCCCUGCAGGGUGCACUCCAAGUGCCACUGCUCUGGCGGGGGGGGGCCCUCGUCCCUCCUGGGGCCUCCUCGACGCGGACUGGGUGGCCCCACGGAUUCUUUAUAGGAAGGCCAAUCAUUGACAUUUACGGUGUGGGUGUCCCGUGAGCGCCGCACCCCAGCAGGGAUGCGUGUGGGGGGAGCCGUGUGAGACCACCGUACGGCCGUCCUGACCCCCACAAGCACAUGGUCAGCCCGCGGCCGCCGUCCUCGCUGUUCAGAGCCUUUGGGCAAAACGAGGCCCCUGUCCCUGACCUGGCAACUGACCCCGUACAUCCCUCAGUGUGACGAGCAGGUGUAAGCGGAUGUCAUCCCACCCGCUCUUCCAGAGAUCCCCUCUCCCGCCGCGCGGCCCCCAGGGUCUUCUGCAACUACUGGUGGGAGCCCCCAGCGCGCGCCGGCAGUGCGGCGGGCUGGUGCAGGCCCAGGGCCCGGGGCUCAGGCUGCCGUCCCCGGGACGUCUGCAGGGGCCCCCGCCCGCCCCCGGCCAGACUGAGACACGCAGGUGGACGGGGCCGGAGGCCUCUGGUCCUUCAGGACAGGCUCGAGACACAUGCCUUCUCUGUUGGGGGCUGUGUUUCCACCGCCAGGACCGCCUCGCCCGCCGGGGCUGUUCCGGUGGCGGGCCCCUCACCGUGCAGAGGCGCCUGCCGCUGCCCCGUCUGCGCAGGUGCACCCCGAACUCACACCGUGUCGGGCGCAAGUCCAAGGAGGAUCGCCCCAGACCGACUCUGCACUUGGGCGGAGGCACCAGCGGCAGGAGUCACGGCCCGUGAGCGGCCCAGCUGAGACGGAGGCCGCGGGCCCUGGGCGUGGCUUUAAGUCAUGCUCAUCUGCAGAGGGUCCGAGCCCUGGACUGUCCAGCGUCGUCAAACUGGCUCUGACAGCUUACUCCUGGGCUCCCAGGCCCCGUUCUUGUACCGAUACCUCAGAUUCACAAGUUUGGUUUGGGAGAAGACAAGACAUCCUUAAACAAGACAUCCUUGAAAUGCCCGAGACGCACACGCAUGGCUCUGGGGGGCUGCCUGGACCGCCCACCGCACGCUGUCCAGCAGUGCAGCCCCCAGGCCGGCCCUCCGGCGGAAAGAUCACUCUCUCACCAGGAUGUUCUGUCCUUUGUCUGACCCAGGGAGGCCCCUGGGGCUAUGGGGCUUUUCUGUCCCCUGAGUGGGGCCGGGAGGAGUGGACCUCAGGAAGCACUUGACGCGAGUGUUUCCCUGGUCGCCUGCGAGGGAGACUGGCCCGAGGGCCCCACCCAGGAGUGACGCAGGAAGCCGUGGUGCUCCGAGUCUGCACACCCUGCCUACCGUCCGGGUGUCACAGGGAACCACCGAGCCCCAGGCCUCGCUGUGACAGUAUUAACCUCGCGGUCAGGCAGGCCGGCUGCCUGCCCCUCGGUCCCACUGGGUGCACCCUCCCCCCUCCCCCGUGUCCGCGCGCAGUGCCGAGUUGCCGUCCCGCUGCCGGCCAAAGACGUGCUGUCCCCCAAGGGGCGCUGGGUGGACGCAGCAGCUCCCGCAGCCCCGCGGGCCUUGGUCAGCAGGUGAGGCUCAGCUGGACGACCCUGGACCCAGACAAGCAAGCGUCUUCAAGACCACAGAACGUUUUUGAGCAGUUUAACGUGGUACCAAGCUAUUUAUAGACGCAGCAGCAUUGAGUGCUUCCCGUGAAGCAAUGCAUAUAUAUCUACUAGACGUGCUUUGCUGAAAAGUUAGGUCUGUUGUAGACCAGAAGCCACAAGUGAUCUCGUUUUCUUAUUUUUUUCUUAGAAGACAUUUCUAUUACAGUAAAUAGUUAAUGUGUAAAUAAUGUACAUAUAUAUUGAUUUCUGGAGUGUUUAUUCAGUGUAUAUACUUCCACAACUUGCAUGAAAAAAUACCCUAUAUCGAUAUUUUGUUGUAAACAGUAAAACUGGAGGGUGUGUGGCUGUCCGACUGCAAACUCUGUGCUGACUAAAUAAAACCAGACGCACUGCUCACACAA